AUGGUCAGCCUAUCACAGUUCAAGGACAAGGCCCCAGUCGUCCUCUUCUUCUACCCCAAGGCUGGCACACCAGGCUGCACCAAGCAGGCCCAGACGUUCCGCGACACUUACAACGAAUUCCAGAAGCUUGGUGCUGUGGUAUUUGGCAUCAGUGGUGACCAAAUGGAUGCACAGGAAGGGUUUGUCAAGGACAAUAGCCUGCCCUAUCCCCUUCUAGUGGACGAUGGCAACACACUUCGACAGGCUUUUGGGAUCAAGGCGGACCUGUUCGGUGCCCUGCCAGGACGGCAGACUUUCGUCAUCGACAAGAGUGGCAAAUGCGUCCUGUCGUACAACAAUCAGCUUCAGGCCGAAACCCAUGCCGCAGAAGCCUUGAAGGCGCUGAAGAAGCUGUAG